AUGCCUACCGACGCCAUGGCCCGCCCUUCUGCUCUCACCCUCGGCCCCAACUCGUCCUUUGCCUCUCCCGGCUUUGGUGGCCGUUCGCUUCGCUCCCCCCUCGACCGCCCUCGCACCUCGCCGCUUCGCUCCUCGAGCCUGCGCUCCGAGAUCUCCUCCGACUCUGACGCCGAGGAGGAGGACCAGUCGGCCACUUCGUCCACCUCGUCGAAUGACUCCAAUGACUCUGCCGAGUCCGAGGACCGCCGUCCCUUUGCGCUGCCGCAGCGCACGCCUCGUGUCCGCUUCAGCCCCAUGACGCCCGCCAACCCCUCGGCGAACAAGAGCCAGCCUCUCGCGCGUGCUCUCCUCAACCGCGCGCUGACGCCGAACAACGCGCAGCCCAAGAAGACGACCAAGAUCAUCGUCCCCACCAAGACGAUCCGGACGACGUUCGAGCUUGGCCUCACGUCCAACGAGCUUGCGCGCAAGUAA